UUUUUUGAGAUUGUUUAGUAUAUUCUUGGAUUUGUCAAAAUUCGUACUGAUAGAACAAUAUGUUUAGAGCGACUGAGGGCGAAGACACCUUCUACGAUUGCCUUAGCGACGACGAGGAGGUUGUCGAGGAGCAAGAAAUGGCCCACGGGGACGCCGUGGUUUGUAAGCGGGCGCCCCGCUUUGACGAUCCGGUGGAGAUUCGUGCCGUUCUGGAGCGAGCAGCCAUUGCCACCCAGCAGCUUCUGCGCUGCUACGGAGGCGCCGAAUGCCCGGCCCCCCGACCAUCAAUGACGCGAUUCUACCCAGCCACCCUGGAGUUGAGCGCCCGCCUGCACACCGAUGAUCUGUGUCCCUGCCCCAAGGAGAGGCAGUGCAAGCUGCGCGGCGACCCCGUGACACUCAAGCUACCCAUUGAGCUGAACCCGGAGAGUGGUCAAGUGAAGGUGAACAUAUUUCAGCCCAAGUCGAUGGGAACGGUUUGUGGAUGCAAUGCACCCGUCGGAGACAGGAGGAAGCGGCGAUCCAUCAAUCGCAGUGUCCGUUGGUCCGCCAAGGACGAAAUGUGCAGCAACUGCUUCAAGAAUCGUUUUUAGAAUUGAAAAAGAUAGAUAUCUUCUGUCCCUUUGAUGUCCUCAUAGUAAAGGUUUCUGGAAAUUUAAAA